CCCCAACUGAUGGGGAAAGGGGAGGAAACUGCAGAUGCUCUAUUCUUCGGCUCCAGUGGGCGGCGGCAGCGGAACUAGGGCACGCACCGUCAUUGCAAUGCAGGCGGAUCCCAAUCCCAUGAAGCGAAAGAGAAAACCCAUAAAGAGCAAAAAUCCGAAGAAGAAGACGACGAUGACGAAGCCCUCGGGGGCCAUGGCGGCGGUGGCGGAGGCGAAGCGGAGGAAACCUAGCAAGAGGAUGCUCAAACUUUUUAAGAAGAGGGCCCAAAACUACCACUCCGACUCUGACGACGACGAUGAAGAAGAAGUUGUCGAGGAAGGGAGAAGAGGAGAAGCGACGCCCAGUGGUGGGAAUGAUGAGGAUGGGUCGACGGAUUCCGAGAGAGGAGGAGGCUCCGAAGGCGACGACGAGGGUGAUGGCGAAGGAGGACAUCGCGGCGGGAUCACGAGGUUUGAUGAAGGGUGUAGGGCGUUUAGGGUUGCUUUCUCAAAGAUUAUGAAGAAGAAGCUCCCCUAUGAUGCACUGGGUCCUAUGUUAUCGGCGCACAAGAAGCUGGUAGUGGAGAAGCUGGCGGAGGAAGAAGCAGAGCACAAGGCAAAAGGGGAUGCGAAGAAGGAGAAGAUUUUGGCAUCGGAAAAGGGGCAUGUAAAGCUUGCAAGUUUCUUGGAUGCAAAGGAGAAGUCUCUUAUUAAGAUCGCAACAAAAGGAGUUGUAAGGCUAUUUAAUGAGGUUAGCAAGGCACAAAUUUCCCAGAGAGGUUUAAAUCCUUCAAGAACAAAAGUUGCAAAAGAGUUGGCAAAGCAAAGAAAACAGACCUUCUCUCCAGAGCUAAAGAAGUCAUCAACUCAAGGUCAUGGAGACCACUUGCCAUUCAAUUCAUCCAAGCUUUCUAAUUCUGUGGAGAAAGAAAAUGAUGAUGAGCCUGGGUGGGCGCCAUUACGUGAUAGUUACAUGCUUACGAGUUCAAAGUUGAAGGACUGGGACAAAAUGCCAGAUCCUGCUGCAUCAGUUGGUCAGGAUGUGUUUCCUAUGGAGAGUAGCUCCUCUGACGAGGAAUAGAAGUCCCAGAAUAAGGUUGUAAGUGGCUUAAAGGCAAGGUCACCAGAAAUUUUUGUAAUGAUAAAUCUCAGUUUGUUAUGAUGCUUAAGUUAUUGAAAUCAAGCUGAAGAGUUAUUUAUGCAAAGUAAAGGCUGUUACUGUGUCAUGUGAAGGAUGUACGGAGCUUCUCAUCAAUUUGGAUAUUUACCUCUUAUAAUUUCUAAUUACGUUGUACCAUUAGGAGUAAAUGAACCAACUACAAUUCCAUUUAAGCAUGUUGCAGGUUCUAGUCAACACUUAUGUGGCUCCUUUUUUAUUUUUUCUCCUUUUUUUUUUUGGUUGGCUAAGCAAGUUGCAGAUGGUUUAGUUCCUUGCUAAAGGUUCCCAUUGGUUCUGUGAUGAUAGUUUUGUUUGGGGUAACUAUUCUUCUUUUGACAUGUAACUGCGAAUUAUUCAAAUUGUUCAUGGACAAAAGAAGUGUACAAGCAAAGAACUUGUCAGGAGUUUGUGUACAUAUAAUUGCAUUACAGAGGGAUGAGUUGGUGCGUCGAAACAUGCAACCCUGGAUUGGGUUAGAAUCCUUGUCGGCUGCAUGUAAGGUCUUGUUUUGUAUCUCAGAUGAUAUAUUAAGAGCUUACUUAGGCAUUCGAGAUUGGAUUAGAUAAGAAGCUCCACUUGGGAGAAAUAAAGUCGUGCUUUCGAUAAGCUUUUCAGUAGUCAAACAACCUCUUCCAAAAUUGUUAUUCUCUUUUACAUUAUGCACAAUCUGAUCGUUUGAUGUGAUGCACAUACAUAGUUGAAAUAAAUGUUUAUUAAAUAAAGCUUCGUUUUGAGUAUUGUUGUUUUCAUUCUUUUGUAACUUAAAAGUGUAGAAGGUCGAAUGUUAUAGACAUUUAUUAUGGUAUUUAUUAGGCAACAAAAAUAAAAAUAUUUUACCAAAACAAAUUUAUUUAUUGAUAAUAAUGAAUUUAUAUUGGAGCAACAUAUGUAUGUAUAGUAGGUGAGCACACCUGGUACUCAAUUCAAUAUAUAAUUUAAUGAAGGAUUGGCUCGAGAUCCGGUUACUUUACUAAGUUUGGUAAAUAAGCCAUUAGCAGGCCUAUGUUGGGCUUGUUCACAGCCCAUUAUUUACCAACUGAAACUUGCUAAUAAUAACGCGCAACUGAUGUGGGGAAAGGGGUGGAGGAAGCCGCAAAUGCUUUAUUCUUCGUUUUUAGCACUGUAGACGAGAGAGUGGGAGAGACACAAACUACUCAGCUGGCGCGCGCUAUUCCUCGGCGGAGGCCGAGGCGGAGGCGGAGACGGCGAUGGUGGCGCCGCCGCAGCCGCAGCGACGGCGAGGAUGCUGGUGAGGUAUUUCUCGAGGAAACAGGGCAAGGACGUGCGGUGGAUAAACCCUAAGGUGCCGAGGGAGGAGGCAUCGGAGAUCUCCAAGGGACUAUACCAGAUCUGUCAAGGAUCACGGGCCUCUCACCGCCGCCAACACCUGGAACUUUGCCAAUGUAGUAAAAAUGGCGACUUGGCUACUAACUCUUCUCUUCUCUUCUCUUCUCUUCUGUGGCGAUGAAAAAAAAGAUUGUUUUUCUUCUAUUUUUUUGUCAAUGAAGUGGCUUUUUGUUUAUCUGACUUAAUUUGGAGUUUGUAGGGUUUUUUGAUGGGUGGAAUAGUAUAGGUGUGAGGGUUGGGCAUGCACGUAAUGUGUUUGAUCAAUCGCCUGUCUGAUCCCGAGUCUCGGAAAUUUAACCUUUAAUAGUUGCUAUAAUCGAUUUGUAUUGCUGGCUCC